GGAUACAAACCUAAAUAAAUUCGAUUAAAUUUUGUCGAUAACGAAACCUUUCGUGUCCUCCAAAUAAUCUUCAGCCUAUUUCGCCGUUAAAGUAAGAGAAAGAUAGAAACUUCGUAAUUGAAGUGCUAUUUUUAAAUAUAAAACUGGAAUUACGUAGUAGAGCUUCGCUUCGCGGGCCACCUAACCACAUCGUCUCGUUCAUUUGUCCGUCAACGGUUGUAUGAUCUGUACCUUAUUGGCCAUUUUCUCUUUAUUUUCAAAAGCAAUGGCGGAAGCACGCGAAAGAACUUUUAUUAUGGUAAAACCAGACGGUGUUCAAAGGGGCCUUGUAGGUAAAAUCAUCAAACGCUUCGAAGAAAAGGGGUUUAAAUUGGUUGCACUUAAAUUCACGUGGCCUUCCGAAGAACUUCUCAAGAAGCACUACGCCGAUUUAGCAUCUAGGCCGUUUUUCCCUGGCUUAGUAAAAUACAUGAGCAGUGGACCGGUUGUUCCGAUGGUUUGGGAAGGUUUAAAUGCCGUUAAAACUGGUAGAGUUAUGUUAGGUGCUACCAACCCAGCCGAUAGUGCUCCAGGUACUAUCAGGGGUGAUCUUUGCAUCCAAGUAGGCAGAAACAUCAUCCACGGUUCUGAUUCCGUUGAAUCUGCCCAAAAAGAAAUUGGGUUAUGGUUCACUGAAAAAGAAGUUAUUGGCUGGACACCUGCUACUACAACUUGGGUUUAUGAGGAUUAAUUCACCCCUUGUGCUUUAAUAAUGAAUAAUAAUAAAACACUAAGUUAUUAAUUUAAA